GUCGUCUCGUCGCCUCGUUCGUAAGCAAACGAACGGACCAACAAACGUGCAACGACCAAGGGAAAGUUCCUGCCGGACAGUCGCCGGGGUGCCACGAAACAAGGUGAACGGGUUUGCCUGCUCCUUCGCCAGCCAAGACGCGCGUGUCUGAAUCAACUACGAGUCGAAUAAUUUCUCGCAAGACGUUCAAUAAUGCCUUCUCGAUUCGCUUGAAUUUAGUGCUUCGUCUUUUCUCCGGUGUCAGAGUGAACGAAUUCCCUGAAUUUUCCCAUAUUCACACUCGACGAAUACCUACGUUUUGCCUGAUCUAACAAUCCUUUCUUACUCUCCUUUGCAUUGAAAAUCGUGAGUCAACGUUUGUUUACGAGUGACAUAAUUGUGGAACGACGAAUCUAACGAAUUAUUGCGAAAUCAAAAACAAAAACCAACGAACAUUUUCAGAACGGAAUCCACGAAAAAUCUGCAAUUUCACCGUUCAAUCAGUUAUUUCUUAAUUUAAUCAGUUAUAACACCAGGAAACGAAAGUUAAUUAGAACCAAUUGCUGUGCUCUUAUAGCUUACAUAAUAAGAGUCGGAAGCGUUAUAGAAUAAUAAGAAAAGUUCGUCAUAAAAUAUAAGUAGAGAACGUAAAUUAUAAAUUCCUGGCAUACGUAACCGAUUAAUUUCGAUGACUCAAUUCGUGUUUUGCGUAAUUUGAUUUUAACCCGAGGACGAGUAGACGAACGUUAACACGGACGCAAUAGUACAUAGAGAUAAUUACAGUAAUCUUUGGAAAUAUCUCUUCUUCUUUUUUGAACAGGCGAGUUAAGCAACAAAACCGUCUGGCUCAGCGGUUUUCGGGUCGCCGUUGAAUCGUACUGUCGUCGCGCGGAUCGUGGAUCGCGAUCGAGGAGGCAAUUAUGAGUGAACCAGACCUUCCACGGCGUUAAAAGAAACCGAAAAAACUCGUUGGUCGAGUAGCUAAAACGGUAUCCUAUAUGCCCGGUCACGCUUUACGGGACCUCGCGCGUUAAGUGUUAGUGUAAAUCUGUGCGGGAAAGUGGAAUCUCGUGAAUGAUUUCGACUUUUCGAGGAGAUACCGCGCUAACGAGCUAAAUAUACGCUGCUGUUAUAUGAAAGAAAACUAUGCCGGCGAUAAAGCUUUUCGGAAGAAAAUGGUUGGCGGCGACCGACGAUCUCGUUUACCCGGGGUUGUUCGAAAUUUUUAUACGAACCGUUUGGCUAAUACUGAUCGGUACCGGCUGUCUAAAAUACUACCAAUACACGUGGGAUUGUCGAUCGGGCGGCGAACUGGUCCGCGUGUACCUCCUCGGUGAAAUAGUAUUUCUACUGAUAUCAUUGAUUUUCGUGAUAGUAAUAGCGAAGCAAAGUUCAAAAGGAUCCAUAAUGGAAGCGCAAAUCCGCAAAUACGUCGAACCACUGUUGACAGUUAAAAUACUGUUACUGCUGCCCGAGAUAUGCUGGAACGUGCUAGGCACUUUAUGGAUGUUCGGCUCGAACGUGGAAUGCGAUUACGAGCAUUACACCGUGACCGUGGUCCAGGCUCUGAUAUUCUUCGACUGGAUCCUGAUCGGUUUGACCAUAUUCGGUCUUGCGUUGAUAUUCGACCCGUUGGGUUCUCUGGGUAAAAAGAAUUUGGACAGCUACACGGAGCACGAGAAAGUGAGCAGAAUCUGGUUAAGGAGGCUCAAUUUCAUGUGCUGGAUGAGAAAAGACGAGAACGCGAACGAGACUUUUCAACAUGUCGCUGGUUUGUUGACAAAUUUGUUCCGUGGAACAGAUUUAGUACCAUCGGACGUGAUGGCUGGAUUGAUUCUGUUGAGAAUCCGACAGAAGCGCGAGACUCAUGAAUUGCGUCGGUUAAAUAUUUUACCGAGAGCCGCUACUUACACUUCCGACGAAGCCGAAAUUUUUAGAUACGCACCGUCGUGGAUGUCGCUAGAUAACGCGAUCCACUACAUGAAACUCGCAUCGGCCUGUUACGGAUGGUUAUACGCUAUUUACAAACAGUCAUGUCCCGGCUGCUUUCAUAUUAUGCGAAACCUGACUUGUUGCGGUUGUUUCCGAACGAAGCAUAACGCGAUUACCGGCGAUAAUUGUUGCUACUGCUAUUUAGCCGGUGUUAAAGUAAUGUCAGGCAUUUCCACGGACGACAUUCUCUAUGCAUCUUUUAAAAAUUACUUAUGCGAGAUACCGUUCUGUGUGGUAGUUGAUCAUAAAAUGAAUUGUAUCGUUAUCGUUAUACGUGGUUCUCUGUCCAUACGCGACAUAUUCACGGACAUAGCUGCAGAUUCAGAAAGUUUCGAAUGCGAGGGCCUCCCGCCGGGAUCUCAGGCACACAGGGCCAUGAUAACGAGUGCUAAACUGAUUCUAAGACAAUUGGAUGACAAUAAAGUCUUGGAACAUGCUUUCCUCACGUAUCCGCAUUAUAAUUUAACGAUUACAGGUCAUAGCCUAGGUGCUGGUAUAGGAAUAUUAUUAGCUCUUCUAAUACGUCCACGAUAUCCAAAUGUGAAAGUUUACGCGUUCGCGACCCCAGCGGGUCUACUCUCGCGAGAGGCUGCUCGAGUAACGGAGGAAUUCGUCUUUACAAUUGGACUCGGGGAUGACUUUGUAAUGAGACUGGGCGUUGAUAGUACGGAGAAUCUAAGGACAGCCUUGUUAAUGACUCUCCAAGCGUGUCGUCUUCCCAAGUACAGAGUAGUUUUGAACGGAUUAGGAUACAUGCUAUUCGGUAUACCUGAGAAGGAUCUGAGCAAAACUUGGACCAAUUGUAAUGUAAUUACAACGGCGGCGGGUACGUCACCGUUGUUAAACGAGCGAGACAUUUAUAAGAGAGAGGAAGGAAAGAUAUACGAGCAAGAUGUAACUAAAAGGAGGUUCUCCAAAGUUAGAUUGUACACGGGAGGUAAAAUCCUUCAUUUAAUUAGAAGAAAACCGGAGAAAAAUGAAGCAAGAAGCAAUAAACAAAACACGAAAGCUAAGUACGAGAUGCGAUGGGCUCAGGCGGAGGACUUUAUGGAAUUGCUCGUAAUGCCCAGGAUGUUUUUAGAUCACCUGCCAGACAACAUAGAUCUGGCCAUAACGACUUUGAUAGAGCAACGAAGUAAUGUGCCCUACUACAUAACUUAAUCCGGUUCGGACUUUUUACAAGUCUCUUUUUAUACUUGGAAUCCAAACUUUGUGGUCUGAUCAAAGUUUAAAAUCAAAGGAUAUACCAACAAAUAAAAAAUGUAAAAUAGAAUUUUGUAUCUCAUAAGAAGGAGUAUCUACAGGGUCCAGCAAUUAUGAUAUUGAUUGUAUCAAAUAAACUACGUUUUACAAAUUUA